AUGGCUGACGAUGCCCCUGUUUCUUCGCCUGUCGAGGGCGAUCAGCCCGAGCGCGUUGCUGAGAAUCCUAUCGACUCCGAGAAGAAGUCUGAGGAUGUGGCCAUGUCGGAAGAUAAGCCUGCCGAGACUGAAGCUGCGACCGACAAGAAGACAGACGCUAAAGCUGAGGCUGAUAAGCCUACUUUCUCUGAUGAGGCUCCUGAACUCAAGGCCGAUGGUGAAACUGCCGAUACAGAGGCUGUUACGCCCGCGGAGCCCAACGGAACCCCUGCCUCAGCGAAGAAGUCCUCCAAGAACCGCCGCACCUCCACAGGUGCCACCCAGAAGCUGAGCCGCAAGAAGUCACAGAUUCGCACCACCUACCUGCACGCUAAGCCAGGCGAGACCUAUCUAGCUCGUCUACGCAGUUAUGCGCCCUGGCCUGCUAUCAUCUGUGACGAGGGCAUUCUGCCCCCCAGCCUACUUGAAACUCGUCCCGUUACCGCCAUGCAAAAGGAUGGAUCCUACAAAGGCGAGUAUGGUGAUGAUGGAAGACGCGCCCAUGAGCGUACCUUCCCUGUUAUGUUCUUCGAGACCAAUGAAUUCGCUUGGGUUCCCAACACCAGCCUGACACCUCUCAACCCUGCCGACUGCAAGGAGAUCUCCGAGAAGAAUAAAAGCAAAUCACUCAUCAACGCCUACAAGGUUGCAUCUGAGGGUCAUAAUCUUCAGUACUUCAAGAAGCUCCUGAACGACCAUCAGGCAGCUAUUGACCAGGAAGAGGCUGAGCUGGAAGCCCAGGAAGCGGAGAAGGCAGCUGCCAAGGCCGCAAAGGAGGCCAAGAAGGGCAAGCGCAAGAGCAAGGGCGCCGAUACUGACGUUGAAAUGGAGGAUGUGGAGGACUCUAAAAAGUCCAAGGCCUCUUCUAAGAAGCGUAAGAAGGAUGUUGAAACUGAUGCUGAAGUGGAAAAGCCCGCUAAGACUCCUAAGUCUAACACGAAGCUGAAGUUGACCACCCCGAAGGCUCCCACUGGGGAGGUUGGAAAGAAGACUCCAGCCAGCAAGGCCAAGAAAGCGCCUGCCAAGAAGGGCAAGGCGGCUCCCGCUACUAGUGAAGAAGGUGACAGUGCCGAUGCUAAGGAAUCCGAGAAGCCUAUUGACCCAGAGGAGCUGAGAAAGAAAAAGGAGAAAGAGAGUACGCGAACCCCCUCCCCCGACGAGUCCGAUCAGGCCAACUCAUACCUUGCAGUUUUGUUCCUCCGUCACAAGCUCCAAAAGGGUUUCAUCUCCCGCGACCAGCCCCCCAAGGAAGAUGAGAUGGCUAGCAUGGCCGGCUACUUUGACAAGUUGGAAAAACAUUCGGACUUGGAAGUGUCGAUCAUCCGUUCAACUAAGAUUAACAAGGUCCUUAAGAUGAUUGUCAAGCUCAAUUCGAUUCCCCGGGAUGAAGAGUUCAACUUCCGUCACCGUGCCAUGAACAUUCUAUCUAGCUGGAAGAACAUCUUAGACGCGGACACUCCCGGCCCGGCGGACAAGGAUGAGAAGCCCGCCGUCAACGGCUCCAAGGGGGAGGAUGGAGUCGAAACCCCCAAGCUAGAAACAGAAGAGGAAAAGGAGCCUGAGUCCAAGUCAACUAAGGACGGCGAUUCCCCAAUGCCUGACGCGGAUGAGAAGGCUCCUGAGCCUGAGACAGAAGAAAAGCCCGAAGAGAAAGCAGCCGAGGAGCCCGUCGAGGCUGCUGCUUAA